UUGCAGCUCUGCGCAGUGAAUAGCCCACAGCCCCUCUGCACAGUGCCCAAGCAUCAAAUCAACCCAAGAGCCUGAGCUGUAAUCACAGCCCAGAGCCUGAAAGAGACAAUAUCCAGGUACUGUACACCAUAAACAUCAUUAGCAUGGAAGUCAAACACCAUCCUUACUCAUUAACCUGCAGUCUGCAAGACAGGAAUCCUAUUAUCCAGACGCACUGCACUGCAGAUGUGUGGUGGCUUCGCCGUCCCCACGCGGUGCCACGGAGCCCACAGCUCUGUGCCACUGCUGACAAGAGGUACGGAGCCCUUAGGGCAAAGAGAGCUUAGGGAAUUCCUGCUGAUUCCUCUGGGAAACUUGCCAGCAGCCCUCAGAUAUUUGCCUGCUGACCUGAAACCUCUUCCUGUGCUCAAAGUCUCACCGCACGCUGAGUGUCACUGUGGUCUGUCCGCAGUGCUGCUGGGAGGCGGAAGGAAGCCCUGAGCCCUGGGGCCAGAAAUAAAGCUAUCACUGCAGCCAUCUGAGCAGGGAUUCCAGGCUCUGUGUUGAGCCCCCCAUCCCCGCUCCUGCCUGCUGCCCGACCGGGGUGUGCCCGGCGUGCCGAUGGCCAGCAACAACACCGCGAGCAUCGCGCAGGCACGCAAGCUGGUGGAGCAGCUGAAGAUGGAGGCCAACAUCGACAGGAUAAAGGUAUCCAAGGCAGCGGCAGACCUGAUGGCAUACUGCGAAGCUCACGCCAAGGAGGACCCCCUAUUGACCCCCGUCCCGGCCUCAGAAAACCCCUUUAGAGAGAAGAAGUUCUUCUGUGUGAUCCUGUAAAGCCUCAAGGAGCCUGACGGGCACUCAGGCCACCCUGAACACUGAUGUAGAGUUUUUAGGAACGGGGACGACCUGCUAGUCCACAGAAUUUAAACAAAAAUAAGUAAAAUACACGGCCUGGAAGCUACAGAGAUGUGCAUGUUUAAAGAAUCUGGCCGCCUUUGGGGGAUAUAAGAUGAUCCGCAUUGCGAGGCAAAAGAUCUGAAGUCUGUAGAGUUGCCUAGAAAGAAAAAAA